CAUGCAGGAGAACUAUGAGAUGGUAACCUCGCUGGGAUUUCCCAUUCCUAAACCUGAGCUGAUCGCCCGGCUGGAACGAGGGGAGGAGCCGUGGGUGCCCGAUCUCCAGGCCUACAAAGAAAGAAGGCUUCUGAGAUCCACCCGUAUAGGUGAGGACUGACACAGAAACCAUCUAGGGAAUGAAGGAAAAAGAUGAGAAUCCCAAAAUAUGAUAUGACAGGUGCUGAGCGAGGGAGUGAGAAUGAGGCGGGGAAUCAUCAUGAGAAAGUUCCCGGGGAAGUGGAACCGCAGGGGACCUUUACAGGAAGAGCUGAAGGAAAUUUUUCCCAGUGCUUAGAGCAGGGAGAAGCCUGGGGAAGAUGGCACAGGUCAGAGAGGCUUCUGGGAAACCACCCAGGGAAGAAAGUGGAUGAAUCUUUUAACGGUGGGGGAGGAGAGGAGGAUCCCACAGCGCCGCAGACAAAUCCCAAGGAAGAGACACCCUGGCACUACCUUCAGUGUGGGAAACGAUUCAUUUUGAGAUCACAGUUUGUGACACAUCAGACAAUCCAUACUGGAGAGAAACCCCUUCAGUGCUUGGACCAUGGGGAAAGCUUCAGUAAGCUCUCAGAUCUUAAUAACCAUGGGACAAGCCAUACUGGAGAGAAACCCCUUCAGUGCUUGGACCAUGGGGAAAGCUUCAGUAAGCUCUCAGAUCUUAAUAACCAUGGGACAAGCCACACUGGAGAGAAACCUGCUCAAUCCCUCGAGUGCGGGAAAUGUUUAAUUUCAAAGACACAAAUAAUUAGAUAUCAGUUAAGCCACACAGGGGAGAGACCACGUAAGUGCUUGGACUGUGAGAAAAGUUUCAUACAAAGGUCAGACCUUGUUAAACAUCAGGAAAUCCACACAGGAGAGAAACCCCACAAGUGCUUGGACUGUGGGAAAAGUUUCAUACAAAGGUCAGACCUUGUUAAACAUCAGGCAAUCCACACAGGAGAAAGACCCCACAAGUGCUUGGACUGUGGGAAAAGUUUCAUAAGAAAGUCAACCCUUGUUGAACAUCAGGCAAUCCACGCAGGAGAAAGACCCCACAAGUGCUUGGACUGUGGGAAAAGUUUCAUAAGAAAGUCAAACCUUGUUAUACAUGAGGCAAUUCACACAGGAGAAAGACCCCACAAGUGCUUGGACUGUGGGAAAAGUUUCAUAAGAAAGUCAACCCUUGUUGAACAUCAGGCAAUUCACACAGGAGAAAGACCCCACAAGUGCUUGGACUGUGGGAAAAGUUUCAUACAAAGGUCACACCUAGUUCAUCAUAAGGCAAUCCACACAGGAGAGAGACCCCACAAGUGCUUGGACUGUGGGAAAAGUUUCAUAGAGCGGUCAGACCUUGUUAAACAUCAGGCAAUCCACACAGGAGAAAAACCCCACAAGUGCUUGGACUGUGGGAAAAGUUUCAUACAGAGGUCAGACCUUGUUAAACAUCAGGCAAUCCACACAGGAGAAAAACCCCACAAGUGCUUGGACUGUGGGAAAAGUUUCAUACAGAGGUCAGACCUUGUUAAACAUCAGGCAUUACACACAGGAGAGAAACCCCACAAGUGCUUGGACUUAGGGGAAAGUUUCAUACGGAGGUCUGACCUCAUUAAACAUGGAAGAAUCCACAAAAGAUCUAAUCUUCUGUGACACAUGGCAUGAAAGAAACUUGUAUUCAACUUUUAGAUUCAACUUUUAGAGAGAGAUUUUAAAAAUGUGUGCACCUUAGAUAAGCGAGAGUUUGAAAUGUAAAUGUGUAAUUUUAAAGACUUGGAAGAAGAAGGCAUGUCAUUUCUGAGUAACCUAAUUGCCUUCUAUGAUGAGAUAAGUGGCUCUGUGAAUGAAGGGAAAGCAGUGGAUGUGUUAUUCCUUGACUUUAGCAAUGCUUUUGGUAUGAUCUCCUACAGUAUUCUUGCCAGCAAGUCAAAGAAGUAUGGGGUGGAUGAAUGGACCAUAAAGUGGAUAGAAAGCUGGCUAGAUCGUCUGGCUCAAUGCGUUAUGAUCAAUGGCUCCAUGUCUUGUUGGCAGCCGAUAUCAAGUGAAGUGCCCCAAGGGUCGGUCCUGGGGCCGGUUUUGUUC